AAACUAUGGUAACUCAUAUAUUGUGAAUUUGUGAUGGCAAACUUGAUGUAUUUUAAGGUGAGUGUAGGUGCGUUUGCUAAUCAAAAAGUUAUAAUUUAUACGCACCAGUUAUAAUAACAACCAAGACAAUUUGUUCAUACAUCAUAUCUAUGCAACUUGGGCUUAAUAUUGUACAUUAGAUGUACUUUUAUAAUAGGUAUAAAUAAGACAUGUCUUUGUAAUUGGGCAAUUUUAUACACGUACCAAUGUACCAUUUUAAUUGUAUACUUGGUAACAAAAUAUGUGUCAACUCAUUUGUUGGUAUAUACUUUUGUAAGUAUCUGUUAUCUCUUCUACACUGUUCAUCACUUGUAAUAUAUGUAGUGUUGUAUGCAACAUCCAACACACUCACUGAGUUGCACAAAUGGACUCAAAAAACUUGAUUCGAUUUCUCUUCUUCACUUUCAUCAUCGCCCUUCUCCUCCUCCUCACUCUCACCAACAUCCCCUAUCCCCUCCCACUCUCCGACAACAGCGCGUUACUCGACUGCGCCACCAACUCACGGCGGUGCACCAUCAAACAACCACCCAAACCCACCACCCGUCUCCACACAACCGACCUACCCCACCACCCGCUCGACCCCCUCACCCUAACCGAACUCAACAAAGUCCGCUCCAUCCUCCUCUCCCACGCCCUCUUUUCAAACUCCAACUCUUUCGCGUUCCACUCCAUCGUCCUCGACGAGCCAGACAAGACUGUCGUGCUGGAGUGGAGCCACGGCGAUGCACUGCCACCUAGAAAGGCGUCAAUCAUCGCACGUGUCAACGGUAAGACUCAUGUUCUCACCGUUGACAUUACCACUGGAGUGGUAACUCCAGUGGACGUAGGGGAACACUCUGGUUACCCCACCAUGACUAUUGAGGACAUGACGUCCUCGACAUGGGCCCCGCUUGGGAACGCGGAGUUCAACCGUACGAUCAUGGCACGUGGCAUUGAUCUAAAGGAUCUAGCUUGUCUCCCUAUUUCACUAGGGUGGUUCGGAAAAAAAGAGGAGAAUCGACGGUUGAUUAAGGUACAAUGUUAUUCAAUGGACGGUACAGCUAAUUUUUACAUGCGACCGAUCGAAGGGCUGACAGUUGUUCUUGAUAUGGAUACAAAACAAGUGGUUGAGAUUAGUGAUAAGGGGAGGAACAUCCCGAUACCAAAGGCCGCCGGUACAGACUAUCGUUUCUCCGCACAAAACACUAAACAUAAUUUAGUUAACCCAAUAUCCAUAGAGCAACCAAAAGGUCCAAGUUUUGUUAUAGAAAAUGAGCAUCUAGUGAAAUGGGCAAAUUGGGAAUUUCACCUUAAAUCCGACCCGAGGGCGGGUGUGGUGAUUUCUCGGGCCCGGGUUAAGGACCCGGGUACGGGGGAGAUAAGGAAUGUGAUGUAUAAAGGGUUCACUUCGGAGCUAUUUGUUCCGUAUAUGGAUCCUACCGACGCUUGGUAUUUUAAGACUUAUAUGGAUGCGGGCGAAUAUGGGUUCGGGCUUCAGUCGAUGCCGCUCGACCCGCUUAAUGAUUGCCCACGUAACGCGUAUUAUAUGGAUGGGGUGUUUGCCGCGGGUGAUGGGAAACCGUACGUUCGAGAGAAUAUGGUUUGUGUUUAUGAGAGUUACGCAGGAGAUAUAGGGUGGCGACACUCGGAGAGUCCGAUAACCGGAAUGGAGAUAAGAGAAGUGAGACCAAAGGUGACGCUAGUUGUAAGGAUGGCAGCUUCCGUCGCUAAUUAUGAUUAUAUAGUCGAUUGGGAGUUUCAAAUGGACGGAUUGAUCCGAGUCAAGGUUGGCUUGAGUGGAAUCUUGAUGGUGAAAGGCACUUCUUAUGACAACAUGAACCAAGUAAACCAACCGGAAAAUCUUUACGGCACACUCUUAUCGGAAAAUGUCGUCGGAGUCAUCCACGACCACUACAUCACCUUCUACCUCGACAUGGAUGUAGACGGGCCCGACAACUCUUUUGUCAAAGUUAACCUUAAGCGGGAAACAACCUCGCCUGAGGAGUCUCCUAGGCUAAGUUACUUGAAAGCCGUUAGAAAUGUCGCUAAGACUGAAAAAGACGCACAAGUAAAACUAAAACUUUAUGACCCGUCUGAGUACCAUAUUGUUAACCCAUCUAAAAAGACACGGGUGGGUAAUCCAACCGGGUACAAGUUGGUUCCUGGUGGGACCGCUGCUAGCUUACUAGAUCUUGAUGACCCGCCUCAGAAACGAGGUGCCUUUACAAAUAAUCAAAUUUGGGUUACCCCGUAUAACAAAAGUGAGGAGUGGGCCGGCGGAUUAUUUACUUAUCAGAGUCAUGGCGAUGACACUCUUGCCGUUUGGUCCGAAAGGGACCGAGCUAUAGAAAACAAGGACAUUGUAAUGUGGUACACAUUAGGGUUUCAUCAUGUUCCGUGCCAAGAGGACUACCCAAUCAUGCCGACUGUAUCAUCGAGUUUUGAUUUGAAGCCCGUUAACUUUUACGAUAGCAAUCCUAUUCUCAACAUCCCACCACAUUUUGAGAAAGAUUUGCCAGUUUGUAACGCGGCUGCUUCCGCUGCUUAGUUGCUUAAACUUUUAAAAAGAUAUUUGGCAAUGUAGGAAGUUGUAGAACCGAAUUCGUCAAUAUUUAAUAACGGUUUGAGGCAUUUUUGUCUCUUGGUUGAUC